AUGAUCGUGUCCAUGAUCGUGUCCAUGGUCGUGUACAUGGUCGUGUCCACGGUCGCGUCCAUGGUUGUGUCCAUGGUCGUGUCCAUGGUCGUGUCCAUGAUCGCGUCCACGGUCGCGUCCAUGGUUGUGUCCAUGAUUGCGUCCAUGGUCGUGUCCAUGAUCGUGUCCAUGAUCGUGUCCAUGAUCGUGUCCAUGGUCGUGUCCAUUGUCGUGUCCAUGGUCGUGUCCAUGGUUGUGUCCAUGGUCGUGUCCAUGAUCGUGUCCAUGGUCGUGUCCAUGGUCGUGUCCAUGGUCGUGUCCAUGGUCGUGUCCAUGAUCGUGUCCAUGGUCGUGUCCAUGAUCGUGUCCAUGGUCGUGUCCAUGAUCGUGUCCAUGAUCGUGUCCAUGAUCGUGUCCAUGGUCGUGUCCAUGAUCGUGUCCAUGGUCGUGUCCAUGGUUGUGUCCAUGGUUGUGUCCAUGGUCGUGUCCAUGAUCGUGUCCAUGGUCGUGUCCAUGAUUGUGUCCAUGGUCGUGUCCAUGGUCGUGUCCAUGAUCGUGUCCAUGGUCGUGUCCAUGAUCGUGUCCAUGGUCGUGUCCAUGAUCGUGUCCAUGGUCGUGUCCAUGAUCGUGUCCAUGAUCGUGUCCAUGAUCGUGUCCAUGAUCGUGUCCAUGGUUGCGUCCAUGGUCGUGUCCAUGGUUGCGUCCAUGGUCGUGUCCAUGGUCGUGUCCAUGGUUGUGUCCAUGAUCGUGUCCAUGGUUGCGUCCAUGGUCGUGUCCAUGGUCGUGUCCAUGGUCGUGUCCAUGGUCGUGUCCAUGGUCGUGUCCAUGGUUGUGUCCAUGGUCGUGUCCAUGGUUGUGUCCAUGGUUGUGUCCAUGGUCGUGUCCAUGGUCGUGUCCAUGAUCGUGUCCACGGUCGUGUCCAUGGUCGUGUCCAUGGUCGUGUCCAUGAUCGUGUCCAUGGUCGUGUCCAUGGUCGUGUCCAUGGUCGUGUCCAUGGUCGUGUCCAUGGUCGUGUCCAUGAUCGUGUCCAUGGUUGUGUCCAUGGUCGUGUCCAUGGUCGCGUCCAUGGUUGCGUCCAUGGUCGUGUCCAUGGUUGUGUCCAUGGUUGUGUCCAUGAUCGUGUCCAUGGUUGCGUCCAUGGUCGUGUCCAUGGUCGUGUCCAUGGUUGUGUCCAUGAUCGUGUCCAUGGUUGCGUCCAUGGUCGUGUCCAUGGUUGCGUCCAUGGUCGUGUCCAUGAUCGUGUCCAUGGUUGUGUCCAUGAUCGUGUCCAUGAUCGUGUCCAUGAUCGUGUCCAUGGUUGCGUCCAUGGUCGUGUCCAUGGUUGCGUCCAUGGUUGUGUCCAUGAUCGUGUCCAUGGUCGUGUCCAUGGUCGUGUCCAUGAUCGUGUCCAUGGUUGUGUCCAUGGUCGUGUCCAUGGUCGUGUCCAUGGUCGUGUCCAUGGUUGUGUCCAUGAUCGUGUCCAUGGUUGCGUCCAUGGUCGUGUCCAUGAUCGUGUCCAUGAUCGUGUCCAUGGUUGUGUCCAUGGUCGUGUCCAUUGUCGUGUCCAUGGUCGUGUCCAUGGUCGUGUCCAUGGUCGUGUCCAUGGUCGCGUCCAUGGUUGCGUCCAUGAUUGCGUCCAUGGUCGCGUCCAUGGUUGUGUCCAUGGUUGUGUCCAUGAUCGUGUCCAUGGUUGCGUCCAUGGUCGUGUCCAUGAUCGUGUCCAUGGUUGUGUCCAUGAUCGUGUCCAUGAUCGUGUCCAUGAUCGUGUCCAUGGUUGCGUCCAUGGUCGUGUCCAUGGUUGCGUCCAUGGUUGUGUCCAUGGUUGCGUCCAUGGUCGUGUCCAUGGUUGCGUCCAUGGUUGUGUCCAUGAUCGUGUCCAUGAUCGUGUCCAUGGUUGCGUCCAUGAUCGUGUCCAUGAUCGUGUCCAUGAUCGUGUCCAUGGUUGCGUCCAUGGUCGUGUCCAUGGUUGCGUCCAUUGUCGUGUCCAUGGUCGUGUCCAUGGUCGUGUCCAUGAUCGUGUCCAUGGUCGUGUCCAUGGUCGUGAACACGAUGUCCCGGGUUUACGUGGGGAGACUGAGCUACAGAGCCAGGGAGAAGGACGUGGAGAGGUUUUUCAAAGGCUAUGGGAAGAUUCUGGAGGUUGAUCUGAAAAAUGGGUACGGUUUUGUGGAGUUCGACGACCCUCGGGAUGCGGACGACGCCGUGUACGAUAUGAACGGGAAGGAGUUGUGCGGGGAGCGGGUGAUCGUGGAGCACACCAAAGGCCCGCGGCGUGACGGAGGGAGUGGAGGAGGAGGCGGUGGAGGAGGAAGCGGUGGAGGAGGAGGGGGUGGCGGCGGAGGAGGAGGAGGAGGAGGAGGGGGUUACGGUUACGGGGGAGGCGGAGGAGGUGGUGGUGGUAGAGGAGGAGACAGUGGUGGUAGAGGAGGAGACGGAGGACGCAAGUCCUUGGGUGACUGCCUGCCCCAUUUGCUGGCCAUGGUGUCCCCCCUUUCCAAGAGAUGCCAAAGGGUUAGGAUCAGAUGUGGAUACGGUCGUUACGGCAGAGACCGCUACGGGCCGCCCAUCAGGACGGACUACCGCCUCAUUGUGGAGAACCUGUCGAGCCGCUGCAGUUGGCAGGAUCUGAAGGACUACAUGCGGCAGGCCGGAGAGGUGACCUACGCCGACACUCACAAAGGCCGCAAGAACGAGGGCGUGAUCGAGUUCAGACUUUACGCCGACAUGAAGCGGGCGCUGGACAAACUCGACGGAACCGAAGUGAACGGACGAAAGAUCCGCCUCAUCGAGGACCGCCCCGGGGCCCGGCGCCGCCGGUCGUAUUCACGCAGCCGCUCCAGGUCUCGCUCCAGAAGCCGCAGGUCUCGCAGAAGCCGCAGCGGGAGCAGCAGCCGCAGCCGCUCACGAUCCAGAGGGUCUCGCUCGCGCAGUCGGUCUCGCAGCAACAAAAAGGCUAACGCUAAGUCCAGGAGCGAGGACGAGGAGCGCGACCCGAAGAAGGAGCAGAGCCUGAGUCGAAGCCCCAAACCCAAGAAGAUGAAGGAGCCCAAGAAGACUAAGAGGGACUCCUCCAGGUCCAGGUCCAGGUCUCGAUCCUAA